UUUAUUUGUAGAGUUAGAAAAUAGUGGAGAAAGGUGAGAAGGGGAGUCUGUAGGAUUUUCCCUGUUUUUGUAACCAUUCGACCAAGGGAAAGAAGCAAAGAUUAUACCGUCAUUUUUCUAAUUUUCUGGAGGAAUUGUGCUCAGAGAUCUAUCUUAUCACCGAGCUUUCAUUGAAUCGAUCCACCUUUGUGUUAGAUCCAACUGCAUUAUCACCUUCUGUCCGUCCUUCCUCAUCCUUCAAUGGAUUCGGUGGAGGCUAUCGAGGAGCUGGCUCAGUUGUCGGACUCGAUGCGGCAAGCGGCGGCUUUGCUUGCCGAUGAGGACGUCGACGAAACUUCCACCUCCGGUGCUUCUUCUCGUAGGCCUUCCACUUUCCUGAACGUCGUUGCCCUGGGGAAUGUGGGAGCUGGUAAAUCUGCAGUUUUAAAUAGCUUGAUUGGACAUCCUGUGUUGCCAACUGGUGAAAAUGGUGCUACUAGGGCUCCCAUAAGCAUUGGUUUACAGAGGGAUGGCUCAUUGAGCAGCAAAUCAAUUAUGUUGCAGAUUGACAAUAAGUCUCAGCAAGUUUCUGCGAGUGCUUUGCGACACUCUCUACAGGACAGAUUGAGUAAAGGUUCCUCUGGCAAGAAUCGAGAUGAAAUCUAUUUGAAGCUUCGCACUAGUACAGCACCUCCAGUGAAAUUGAUUGAUUUACCUGGGCUUGAUCAGCGAAGUGUGAGUGAAUCAAUGAUUAGUGAAUAUGCUGAGCACAAUGAUGCCAUUUUGCUUGUCAUUGUGCCGGCCUCUCAAGCCGUUGAGAUUGCUUCAACUCGUGCCCUCAGACUGGCAAAGGAUUAUGACAGUGAAGGAACUAGAACUAUUGGGAUAAUUAGCAAAAUAGAUCAAGCUGCUUCUGAUCAGAAAUCUCUGGCUGCUGUUCAGGCUCUGUUACUAAAUCAAGGACCAUCAAAGGCUUCAGAUAUACCAUGGGUUGCUUUGAUUGGUCAAUCUGUUUCUAUUGCUUCUGCACAGUCUGGUUCUGUUGGCUCUGAAAAUUCUUUGGAAACUGCCUGGAGGGCCGAGAGCGAAAGUCUGAAAUCCAUACUGACUGGAGCCCCUCAGAGUAAACUCGGUAGAAUUGCUUUGGUGGAUGCUUUGGCUCAUCAAAUUCGGAAUCGUAUGAAUGUCAGACUUCCAAACCUAUUAUCAGGGUUACAAGGAAAAUCUCAGAUUGUGCAAGACGAGUUAUCGAAAUUUGGUGAGCAAAUGGUGGAAAGUUCUGAAGGGACAAGAGCUGUAGCCUUACAACUCUGCCGUGAAUUUGAAGAUAAGUUUCUUCAGCACAUUGCUACUGGUGAGGGUGCUGGUUGGAAAAUUGUUGCUAGUUUUGAGGGAAACUUUCCAAACAGAAUCAAGCAGCUCCCUCUUGACAGACAUUUUGACAUUAACAAUGUGAAGAGAAUUGUGUUAGAAGCCGAUGGUUAUCAACCAUAUUUGAUAUCCCCUGAAAAGGGUUUGCGAUCUCUAAUAAAAGGUGUUUUAGAACUUGCAAAAGAACCAUCACGUCUCUGUGUCGAUGAGGUCCAUCGGGUUCUAGUGGAUAUAGUUUCUUCUGCAGCAAAUUCUACACCAGGUCUUGGAAGAUACCCGCCUUUCAAGAGAGAGAUCGUGGCUAUUGCAAGUGCUGCAUUAGAUGGAUUUAAGAAUGAAGCAAAGAAAAUGGUAGUUGCUCUUGUCGACAUGGAGCGAGCUUUUGUGCCUCCACAACAUUUUAUUCGAUUGGUACAAAGGAGGAUGGAGAGGCAACGUCGUGAGGAUGAGGUGAAAUACAAAUCAUCGAAGAAAGGUCAAGAGGCAGAGCAAGCAAUAUUAAACAGGGCUUCUAGUCCUCAAACUAGUGGAAGCCUGAAAUCAAUGAAGGAAAAGCCAGGCAAAGAGGACAAAGAAGUACAGGAAACUUCUGGUUUGAAGACUGCAGGUCCAGAAGGGGAAAUAACCGCCGGUUUUCUGUUAAAGAAAAGCGCUAAAACAAAUGGAUGGAGUAGAAGAUGGUUUGUUCUAAAUGAGAAGACGGGAAAGCUUGGUUACACUAAGAAGCAAGAGGAGAGACAUUUUCGUGGUGUGAUCACUUUAGAGGAAUGUAAUGUUGAAGAGGCUUCAGACGAGGAAGAAGCUUCUUCAAAGGGUUCAAAGGAUAAGAAAGCUAACGGCCCAGAUUCUGGAAAAAGUCUCGUGUUCAAGAUCACGAGCAAGGUUGCAUAUAAAACUGUUCUUAAAGCACACAACGCUGUUGUCUUGAAGGCCGAAAGUAUGGCUGAUAAGAUUGAAUGGAUGAAUAAGAUAAGGAAUCUUAUUCAACCUUCCAGAGGACAGAUGAAGGGUCCUGAAAGUGGUCUUCCAUUGCGGCAGAGUCUUUCAGAGGGUUCUCUUGAUACAAUGAGUAGAAGACCUGUGGAUCCUGAAGAGGAACUACGGUGGAUGUCUCAAGAAGUACGUGGCUAUGUUGAAGCUGUCUUGAACAGUUUGGCUGCUAAUGUCCCAAAAGCAGUUGUGCUCUGCCAAGUUGAGAAAGCCAAGGAAGAUAUGCUAAAUCAGUUGUAUAGUUCCAUCAGUGCUCAAAGCACACCAAGGAUAGAGGAGCUACUUCUCGAGGACCACAGUGUAAAGAAUAAAAGAGAGCGCUGCCAAAAACAAUCAUCUCUUCUUUCUAAAUUGCUACGUCAACUCAGCGUACAUGAUAACCGAGCGGCUGCUGCAGCCAAAUGGUCCGACAGUGGCGCAGAAAGCAGUCCGAGAACGAGUGCUCCAUCAGGUGAAGACUGGAAAUCUGCCUUCGACGCUGCGAACUACAGUAGAUCUUCAUCCAAUGGUCACAGUCGACGUUACAGUGAUCCAGAUCAAAACGGAGAUUUGAACUCACGUUCAAGCUCCAACAGUCGCCGCACUCCGAACCGGAUGCCUCCACCCCCACCGCCAUCUUCGGGUUCAAAAUACUAUUAGCUGCACAGAGUUUAGACUAUUUUGACAGUUUCCUUAUCUUCAUCAAUAUUUUUUUCGUGAGGUGACACCAAUGCACACCAGAGUUUGGGUACUUAGUCUUCUCAUAUUCAUAUCUUUCUACUAGAGUCCAAUACCAAUACCAAUACCAAUACCGGGGCGAACAAUAGAUUUACAUUUGGAACCGGGAAGGAAGGUUUGGCGUGUACAUAGAAAUCGAAGUUCCAUAUGCUUCUCCAGAGUUUCGCCUUGUCCUACGCUCGGAUAUUUGACUUAAAAAAAUAUCCUUGAAAUCUACCAAUAUAUUUCUUCACAUUCCUAUUCAUGUCAUAAGAGAUGCUGUUUCCUUCAUUAUUAUUAUUGUUUGCACCAAUUUUCGGACACUAAUGUAUUUGUCUUGUGGCGUUAGUGAUUCCAUCUCAAAUGUGCACUCUCCUUUGAUGGCAUUGUAACAAUUGUAUACUCCAUUUAAAUACCAGUCUUUUCAAUGGUUUAAAUUUAAAUGCUCUGCCCA